AUGGGGUCAGACGAUUCUUCUUGGUCCCCACAGACCGCGCUGUCUACUCUCCCCCACCCUCCGGAGGAAAACUCCACUUCGCCUGUCGCAUUCUUCCAUCUCAUUGAGCGCCUAAAGACAACCAAACGCGAAGGUUGGCGCCGGUUCGGAAUCAGCCAUGGCGAAUCGAUCUCGGACCAUAUGUACCGCAUGUCGAUCAUGACGAUGCUUGCCCCGCCCGAGCUGGCCUCUAAGCUCAACAUCCCGCACUGUACCAAGAUGGCUCUGAUCCACGAUAUGGCUGAGUCGCUAGUCGGCGAUAUCACCCCAGCUGAUAACGUCACCAAGUCUGAGAAAGCUCGUCGCGAGGGCGAGACAAUGGAUUACAUUGUUAAGACCUUGUUGGGGAAUGUGCCUGGUGGCGCAUUGUCGGGAGCCGAAAUUAUGCGCGUGUUCCAAGAGUACGAGGAUAAUCAGACGCCAGAAGCUCAGUUUGUGCAUGAUAUCGAUAAGAUGGAGCUUCUGCUUCAAUUCAUCGAGUAUGAACGCACGCACGGGGUUGACCUGCAAGAGUUUGAAUACGUCGCUAGCAAAGUCCAGCUUCCUGAGAUUCAAGCCUGGGCUCAACAGGUUAUCAGUGAGCGACCUAAGUACAACAAGAGCGAUUCAUAG